AUGGACAAACCAUCGACAGCGCAACACCAAACCGGGCCGUCUCAAUGCGACGCAUGGAAGAUCCCGUCCCGCGAGCCGAGUACCUACGACGACCUAACCGACCUCGAGAAGGGCGCCGUCAAGAGCUACCUCAGCCAGGUUCCUCUGGACUACCUGUCAUACAAUCUCGAUGUGCCGCUCGUCGACCUCAUCCCCCGCAUGCAGCUCUACGUCGUUCUCUUCUGCGAGAACGAUAAUGCCGGCCUCCUCGACAAGAUCCUUAAAGAUGCAGUGUCGUACGCCAAGUUCUGCAACGGGCUGUCCCCUAAUUUCAUGGAAGCGGACGAUGAGUUUGUUGUGGCGGUUCGGGCCGAGCACGGCGCGCUGGAUGCUCGGAUGGCUGAUCCGCUUCAGCGACACCAGAUUCGCCUCGCUUUCAGGAACACCAAUUUUCGUGCGGAUGCCGGUGUAGCGGAGGAGCUGCGUCCAACUGGAGACAGGAAUAUGGAUGGUUCUGGUGGCGAUGCAGAUGCUGAGAUGAUGGACUAG